GGCCAAGGCAGUGCCCCGUAUAAAAGCCAAAGCCCUAAACGAGACACGAGAACGAAAGGAUAUAGAACUGUGCAAAGCUGCUAGGGUUUCUCUUUCCUGUUGCCUGCUUAUACUCGUGAAUUUGAAACAAUGUCGCGAGUGUACGUGGGUAACCUGGACCCACGAGUCACUGAGCGAGAACUUGAGGAUGAGUUUCGCGUGUACGGAGUUAUUCGAAGUGUGUGGGUUGCUCGAAGGCCACCAGGCUAUGCCUUCAUUGACUUUGAUGAUCCCAGGGAUGCAAGGGAUGCAAUUCGUGAUUUAGAUGGCAAGAAUGGCUGGAGAGUUGAACCUUCUCACAAUUCAAGAGGUGGUGGUGGUGGACGUGGAGGAGGGCGUGGUCGUUCAGGUGGUUCUGAUUUGAAGUGCUACGAAUGUGGUGAGCCCGGUCAUUUUGCUCGUGAAUGUCGUUCACGUGGUGGCUCAGGAAGGCGUCGCAGCCGUAGCCCUAGGUACCGUAGGAGUCCAAGCUAUGGAAGAAGGAGUUACAGUCCUCGUGGAAGAUCCCCAAGACGUCGCAGUCCUUCUCCUCGUGGACGCAGUUAUAGCAGGUCACCAGGAUAUCGUGGACGAGAGGAGUUGCCAUAUGCCAACGGAAAUGGCUUGAGGGAUCGUCGACGAAGCAGGAGCUGAAUGUUGACAAGUGAUGGUGUUGCUUUUGUUGAGAUGAUAUGAAGCUUAAGUGUGUUUAGUAUGUUUGAACUUCAGUAAGACUAUGUUUUAAUUGGGCGACGCCCCCAGCCUCAUGAACCUGGAUAAGUUAGUUUCUUUCUUAUAGCUAUGAUGAUUCUCUCUUUUAUUUAGCUAAGAAGAGUAGUUGUAUUUUCUUUAUAGGAAAAAGAUUUAAAUUGUUACAUACUUAUUGAGAGACAUAAUUCCUAAGAUCAGUGCUGAAAAUCUAUGCUUUUUCCUUUUUGUGUUGAGGUGUCUUCUGGGUCUCUGCUUCAUUGGCUUUGUGCUUCUACACUGCCCUGGGGCUUCAUUGUUUGCUGCCUGCUAUGGGAUCUUCAAUUUUUGAUGAUUGUCGGUCCCAGCCGGCUUCAUCUCUAGAUGCUUCUGUUUGAUUAUCUCAUCAGCUGUGAUGUGACUCCUCCAAAAUCUAGUGGCAUUUCUUUUGUUUAACUUAAAAAGGGAUUGAGGAGCUGCUUCAAACACUUCUGGCAGGUACUUUAAUCUGUUCUACAGAAGUUUGGGGUUCCGUUUAAAAUAAUGUGCUCUGAAAUGCUUAAAAUCUCUGAUGAUUUGCGAACGUGGUAAUAAUAACAGAAUUUGAUUCUUCAAAGUUCGCAGGAUAAUGGUAUGAUUUCUUGCUUUACCUUUGCCUUCUUUUUAGUUGGGAGAGGGUCAGGUUUAUUGAAUGGUUUCCUGCAGUUAAAGGCUUUUCUUACCCCAACGCCCUGCUUGGUCAUUCAGAUGUCAGUGCAGUGGAAGGAAUAUGGAAUACUUUCUGGUUGAAUGGUUUAUAGAUUGAUUUGAACCAUCUUUUUUCGUUGUCAUCAUCCAAAUGCAAGAGGUGAAAUUUUAAAGUGCUAGGGUAUGCCCCUUAUUUUGUGAGGGUGAGAGUUACGGGGGGAAGAACUAAGAUGAUCAUUUUUUGCUCCGUUUUUCUAAGUUUCAAUUUUGUUUUUUGUUUGUUUUCUUUUACCCUUUUUGGGGUUUUAUGAGGGAGGUGGAGGGUAGUAUUGGUAAGGUGGAUAGAGAUACAAGAUGAGAGCUAUAGUCCUUUUAUGGCCUCUUCUCAUUUGAAGGUGGUUAAGAUAUUCUACCAUGGGAUUUGGUUUUGCUUCUGGCUUUAUGCAUUGAUAUGUUGCAAGCAUGAGUUCCACGUCCUGUUUUGUUUUCUGCUGGGCAACCCGGAUCUGGCAGCUACACGAUUUUUGGUUAAAACUGCAUUUUUGCUUGGAGAUGAUGUCUCUUUCAGUCGGCAA